AUGGAGAAAAUUAUAAUAACAGUGUAUAUGAAUUGUCUUGUAUUAAAUUCCGCCGACCAAUAUCAGCCCUAUUAUCAAAAUCAAAUGCCUUACGACUACACAGAUGUCGAUUAUGAGGACUACGGGGAGUCCAAUGAAUGCACCUGCUCUUGCCAACGCUGUGAAGACAUCAAACCAUGCUGCAGAAACACUUGCAACAACUGCUUCCAACCUUCCAGCAUCGUGAUAGUUCCCUAUCCCUACCCACUCAUAAUAUCAACGAAACAGAAAGAAGCAACUACUGCGCCACCAACACAGGCAACAACGGUUCCUGCACCACAAGAAACAACAUUAGCACCACCUCCUUCAACAGAAUUACCAACCACAGACAUCCUUAGAAAUAACGAAGCCUUCAUAAAUGAUAUUAUAGCCAGAGCACCGAAUUUGAAUAAAAAGAAUAAGUUUGUGUUAACCAAUCUAAGACGUACGAAGCCCGAUUGGGUGCCGAAGUAUGGCAUUGUACCUAUACCAGAUAAUUUGGCAGAGAAAUUAAUGCUCCAACUGCGGAGUAUGCGUGUGUUACAUCCAAAGAAAGAGACGUUUAAACCUAGUGCAACGCUGUCUUCGUUGGAGAAGAUAAUAUGAAGAAUGUGGAAUUGUAUAUUAUUUUGUUAUAAGAAUUGUAACUGAAGCUAACAAUUUGGUUGCUUGAAUAAGACUAGAAAUAAUAAUACACUUACGAU